AUCCCUUAGAGCAAUUUGAUACACAAGUGAAGAAAAUUGAGGAAUGUUUCAGAAAUGUGUUCUCCAUGCCUGAUUUAGAAAUACUCCUAAAAAGGCAAAGCAGUUCAGAUGGCACAACUGACAUUGAGCAACUGUACCAAACUAUUUUAACCACUUUUGAGGACACACUUCUGAUCUUGGUAUCAAAAGACCUCUACAAGCUCCAGCUCUUAAGGGAAAUGAUCAUAUGGAUGAAUAAAGAAACCAAAUACUUGCAGGAACGGGUCAUGAACAUCAUAAGCAGAGUCUUAAAGUAUUCAUCCAGAAAAAUUAAGGGAUGUACAAGUAUUGAUGCUCCAUGUAUGGGUCAGUUGGCAGCAGAACUGGCCAUCUUAUGCAAUUCUCAAGAGAUCCAAAUUGUUAUUCAGGCUUCUUUGGCAAUAUAUUACCUUCUCAGCAUUGUAAAAUACCAGAAUGAGGAAUUGUGUGGACUUCUAAUGAUGGAGUUGGAAAGGUCAGGAAAUUGCCCAAAUUCUGUCCUUUUUGAAAAUGACUUCAUGCCUAGUACCUUUCAAAGAAACAAUGCUGUUAUUGCUAAGUAUGUAGGUGAAUACUUGCCACCACACCUGCUGAAUGACUUUGUCUUUGGUCUUCUGAAGAAACUUUGCCACCCUCCAUCAAAAACUGCAAAUCAAGCAGCAACCUUGUUGAAAUUGGUUCUAGAGGACUAUGGGUCCAAAGUGACCAGGGCAGCUAAGAUUGUGGAUUAUAUUCAUAAGAAAUUAAAUAUCGAGUCACCACACAUUCUAAAGCGUGCCUUACUACGAAUAGUUGCCUUGUUGACUCGCUCUUUCCCUCAGAAAGUCGUCUUUCAACUUUUGGACUAUAUGUUUCCAGUAGACAAGUCAGUGCUACAAAUGUGGCAAGCAGUCAGUUCAGAAACAGACCCCUCACCAAUUGUACUGAAGACAAUCCUGAUUGUGCUAAAAGGGAAACCUGGAGAAGUGGAAGGAAGCCCACCUCAGAAGCGUUUUUCCCUUGAUGAUACCAAUAUGAUGCCUGUGACAGCAGCUCAGGCUUUGUGCACCUUACUCCCUGUUCCUGAGUACAAGAAAGCAGCAGCUCAGUUUUUCCCUGAGUUACUAAUUGCCCUAAUACUACAACUCCAUUACAAUAGUGAAAUGAAAUUGAAAAAAGUUGAUGACCAAUGCUUUGCCCAGAAGGCUUUGAGACUUCUACUGAAAUCUUCAGGACUGCAACAAGUAGAUAGUGCCCUUCAAAAAAAGGAUUGCUGGCACCAGUUUUCCAAUCUCAUAUUCCACCAUUAUGGUGUCUACAUCAUUGCCAAAACUCUCAGUGAAUACAAGUUCCCACAGUUUCCUGAGACCUUACAUUAUCUCUACAAGCUCUCUUUGGAAGGCCCCAGGAGGACAGAGGACAGCGUUACUACGGUCAUCUUCCUCAUUGAGCUUCUGAAUAACUUUUUUAAGGAUCCAUUCCCGGAAGAGUUUUUGGCACUUUUCAGAACCUGGGUAAAUGAUCCAAACCCUACAGUUUCCAAGUUGAGUCUCCAAAAGAUUGCCACCAUGUCAUCAGUUAUUAAUAAGGUAUCACACGUCAGAGACUUAAUAUUAUGUGUACUGAAUUCCUUCCCCUCCAAAGAUAAAACUGUUACAAUACAGGCGAUGAACACCCUCCGAAGGCUUCUCGCUGAGAUGGACAAAGUAACAUACUCCACUUUGUGUGUCCAAAUUGCUUUCAGUUACUUCCCACUCAUGGACCAUGCCAUGCCAAGCAUUCGAGCAAUGGCCAUUAGACAUUUUGGUGAACUACUGAAGGAAAUGAAUCAAUAUACUUGGAUGCUAAAGCCUAUUGUUCUCAAAGCUUUGGUGCCUUUGAUCUUAUUCUUGGAAGAUGCAGAGAUCAAUGUAAUUAAAGCAUGUAAAUAUACAUUAAACAUCUGUGCUCCGUAUUUUAAGUGGUCAUCUUUACCUGUACUCCAAGAUGAAUUUUACAAUUUUGAGGUAGUUGUGCUCAGCAUCUGCAACUCCCUUUUCAACAAUUAUGGAAACUAUAUUACAGAGAUUAUUUGUUCAGCCUUAGUAUAUUUAAAGAGCUCUAAGGCUUACCUAAGGAAAGGAGCAGUCAUUUUAGUAGGAUAUCUGGCAAAAUUGGGAACUCAUUUACUUUUCAAGGAUGAAAUUGACAUCAUGCUUAAGGCAAUGGAAAAAGUGCUGUCUGAUGAAGAUCCUUCUGUCAAGCGGAUGGCUAAUUUUACUUACAUAUUAUUUAAAGAAGUAUCUAAUGAAGUGACGGACAAUAGCCUAAAACAAAUUUUCCGAAGGCUGUGCCAUUUUCACCACUUCAAAGAUAUGACACUUCUUUAUAAAUACAGAGGUAGAAAAUGUAGUGACUCUUGUUGUGACUUGGAUGAAUAUAAAAUACAACAUAUAGAAGCAGAAAAUGAGAAGUUUUCAAAAUAGUCUCAUUUCAGUCUUUGAAAGGAGUUUCCUGUCCACAAAACAAAGUCUGGUUGAAAGCCUAUUUGCCUAAAUUGAUGUUGGAAAACCUUCUUUAUUAUGUAUCCAAGUGUACAAUUUUGAAGAUAUCUAUUGUGUAUCUCUGCAUUUAGUACAAUGACUAGAAGCUCUAUUUUACCACAGAUACCAAUAAAAAGAAAA